AUGGGUGCUUGUUACGGAACUCAAUCCAAAUAUAUGAAAAAUUCAAAGGUUUGCCAUCACAAAAGUGAUAGCGAGUAUGAAGAUGCAUAUGAGAAGCUUAAACUCCAAAGCAAAAGACAAAAAAUUUUAGUUAAAAAAGCAAUUGAAGCUCCGAUGCUUAAUCUUAGUGAAAAUUCACUAUAUAAGAGAAGGACAAUCCUACUACACAACGAGAUUCAACCUUCAACAAGUGGAUUUGAUCAUCUUACAAGGACAUUUUCUUCAAGCUCAAGUGUAAUAACUAUUGAAAGCAAACACAUACAAUAA